AAAGACCCCCUAUUUAAGACGAGCAAUUGAUUAGAUCCUUAGCAGAUAGUUGGAGCUUUCGGAUAACUGAAAGGCCAGCCUACUAAAAACCACCAUGUAUAAGUUGUGCGCAAUUGUGGGACUACUUUUUGUACUUGAAGCAUGUCUUGCUCGCCCGGGCUCGGCACCCGAGCGUCGAGGCCCCCCAGCAAGACGAGGUGGCCCUCCCCCACCACCACCACCCGCUAGGCGUGGUGGACCACCACCGCCACCUGCUAAGGUACAGCCACCACCCCCACCACCCCGCAGGAGGGCCCCACCACCACCACCACGCCGUAGACCACCACCACCCCCAAGAGUGUAUGAUAACUACCAAUACUACUACGGUACCUCACCCCCAUCAUACUUCUAUGCCGAUGACUGCGACUGUAACAAGGGUGACUGUCCACCGGGCACAACUUACCAGGGCUCAUGUGGCGAUGACAUGAACUACUGUUGUUAAUCCAUCCACAUUUUCUCAGGCUAGAACAAUCAGUCCAGAGGAGGUUUUAUGAGAAGAAUUAAACCAAUUCCGUGAUAUUCCAGUUAUGUUCAUGGGUGAAAAUGUUUAUUUACAAUAUUUGUUCCUGCGUAAAGCAGGAAAAAUUUUUUUUUAAGAUAAAUGAAAUAAAAAUCAUUUUUCGAUA